GGCGGUGCCACAAAGUACAGUCACACUGGAUGCAAUAGGCUAUGUCACCUUACUUAACGUCAUUUUUCCGAAGGGGAAAAAUAAUCCAGACUGGAUGAAUAUGUCUGUGGCGUCUAUGGGCUGAGUUUAUUCUUCACCUGGCUGCAAACUCACCUCGCUUUGAAGCCCGCAUUGUGCUGGGUAAUCUCCUCGCACGCGAGAAAGAUGAGGGGAAACUAGGAGGGGACGGUGCCGCAGUGUUUGUUGUGGGAUGUAGCUGGUUAGCCUGUUAGUCUGAAAAAAGCGCUGGAGCUGAAUGUAGCGGAAUACACCCCCGCUGGGUAGUGAAUGUUCUCACUGUCUCUACGACUACGAUUUGGCUGCUACGUUCAGCUGAAAGAGGAAAACUUUCCUGAUCUGGCGCAGGAAUAAACAUGCCGCUGCCCCAGCCUCGGUUUGUGUCGGGAUCUUUGUUGGUGCUGCUCCUGCUCCUGGUCUCCUGCUCAUCUCAGAUCUCGUUGUCUCGGAAAGAGGCUAAUCGGUUCUUGAAGAUACACAAGCGAGGCUAUCAAGUUUUUGAAGAAACGAAACAAGGGCAUUUGGAGCGAGAAUGUGUUGAAGAGAGAUGUUCAAAAGAGGAAGCUAGGGAAGUGUUUGAGAACGACCCCGAAACCGAAUACUUUUAUCCUAAGUAUUUAGCAUGCGUGGCGCAGUUUGGAGACUCCGAGAAGAAGAGACAAGACCUGAUCACAUGUGUUCACAACAUCCCGGACCAGUGCUCCCCUUCGCCCUGCAACCCCAGGGGCAUGGUGCGCUGCGAGGACAAAAAGGGCGACUUCCUGUGCCACUGUUUCACGGGCUGGAGCGGCGUCAAGUGUGAGAAAGAUAUAAACGAGUGCGACAAGAACAAUGGCGGCUGCGAGCAUGAGUGCAACAACACGGUGGGCAGCUACCGCUGUUUCUGUCGGCCUGGAUACGAGCUCUUUCACCGUCACGCGUGUACAGAUGUUGACGAGUGUGUGGCAGUCCCGGGAGUGUGUGGAACGGCGCGGUGCGUGAACCUCGUGGGCUCCUACCAGUGUGUGUGCGACGAGGGAUACGUGUACGACAACGUGUCCAAGUCCUGUCUGGAUGUGGACGAGUGUGAGGCGCAGGUGUGUGCUGAGGAGUGUGUGAACACACCUGGAAGCUUCCGCUGCUUCUGUGACGGGAGGAGGGGCAUGAAGCUGGCGCCCGACUAUAGGAGCUGUGAGCCCAUAGAGCCCAGCCAGGCUCUGAACAUGAAGAGGAACUCGCACUCGCUCUACCUGGGCCGCAUGUUCAGCGGCGUCCCCGUCGUCCGCCUGCGCUUCCGCAGGAAAGUCCAAACCGGCUUCACUGCGGAGUUUGACCUCAGGACCUUUGACCCGGAAGGGGUCAUCUUUUUUGCCGGGGGCCACCUGAACAGCUCUUGGAUCGUGCUGGCAAUGCAUCAUGGGAAGCUGGAGCUGCAGCUGAAGUACGGCCCGGUGAGCCGGGUGACCAGCAGUGGACCAGAGGUCAACGACGGCCAGUGGCACCGGAUCUCUGUGGAGGAGCAGGGGCGGAGCCUCGUCAUUAAGAUUGACAGGGAGGCGGUGAUGAAGAUCGCGGUGAACGGAGACCUGUUCACGCUGAAGAGGGGCAUGCACGAGCUCAACCUGACCGUCGGAGGGGUCCCCUUCAGAGAUGGGGGGCUGCUCAGCAAGCUGAACCCUCGUCUGGACGGCUGUUUACGGGAAUGGCGCUGGCUGACCGGAGAGGACACCUCCAUUCAGGAGACCAUCCGAUCCAACGAGAAGAUGCAGUGCUUCUCCGUGGAGGACCGCGGCUCCUUCUACCCUGGCAGUGGAUUCGCCCUCUUCAACCUCAGCCACAGUGAAUCUCAGGUGUUCAGUCUGCAGUUGAGCCUGCGUCCUGCCUCCUGUACUGGGGUCCUGUUUGCACUAAUCCGUCAGGACAGCGUCCCUCUGUCCGUCUCCCUGUCCCAAUACCAUCCAGGGAAGAAACUGCAGCAGGAGUACGUCCUGGUCUCGGCGGGCAGCGAGGUGGUGGCCAGCUUCCCCGCCUACCUGUGCGACUUGGAGACGCACCUGGUGAACGUGACCAUCGCCGGUAACCUGACCCUGCUGGAGGUGGACGGGCAGGCGGGGCAGACGGAGCAGGGGGAGGGGCCUGCUGUCCCGGACCUGUCCUCCCCCACCAGCAUCUUCCUCGGAGGUCUCCCAGAUGUGCCUGUGGUGUCCACCCCAGUCUCUGCCUUCUACGCGGGCUGUAUGGAGGCCACCCUCAACGGCCGAGCACUGGACUUAGACGAGGCGCUCCACAAGCACAGCGACAUCCGGUCGCAAUCCUGCCCCCUGGUGGGCCCGGCCCUGUAACUGCCACUGCCCUCGAAAAAAAAACCGUCUCCCCUGACGAAACCCACACACCCCCAAAACUCUGCUGUUCUCCUCCAAACACUGUCUUCUGAUAGAUUCCCCAACCACUGUCCUCUACAAACGGUGACCGGUUAAGCCCCGCCCCCUCAGACUCCUGUGGCCCGCCCCCCCUCCUUCACUGCCUUCGGCUAUGCAGGUGAUGUCAUCAGGUACAGCAGGACCACGCUUCACACUGAGGUGCAGGGGUGUAUGUAUUUAUAUUAGAGACAUAGAGCCUAUGCUGUUUCACACAGGCUACUGAGGGGAGUGUGCUGUAAUAUACUGUAUAUGUAAAUACUUGAGUACACAAUGCUUUUUAGCAAAACUUACCUUUUGAAUUAUCCUGGCCACUUCUCCUGGCAUUAAACCUUUUUUUAAAGUACAGUAUUCAACACUAAGACAACAGUAUUCCAAAAAUAUAUUAUUUUUGUUUUUACCCCUGUUUGUUUGUUACUAGUAUUUGAGUUUAUAGAUAUAAUGUUGAAGAUCAUGGUUUAUCUUGUGUAAAACUGUCCUUUCAGAAUGUUUGAAUUGCUGUUUUUUUUUUUACUUUCGUUUUGUAUAUUUUAACCUUCAUUUUAUAUUUUGUCUUGGUCAGUCUCCCAGUGCACUGUUUGCUGGGUGAUGUGGUUUUUUUAAAUAUAAUGGUUAAGUGGAACCCUGCUUGAAAUGAAAUAAAGGUGGUGGUUGAGAUAGGGACAAGUGGAACUCUAGUUUAAUAGCCGCUCAUCAGAUGAUAGUACAGUGGAACCCCAGAGUUAAAGACCUCCAGAGGUUCUUCAUUCAUUCAAGUUCUCAUAACACCAUAACUCAAAUGCAAUAAGUUGCUAGUGAUUUCAUUAUAAAUGGUAUAACACAAUGUAUAACACACCUGUUGAAAAAUACUGGAAAACAAGCGCUGUAAAAUGUUUUGUGAUUGAAAACUUUUUUCUUUUUUUUCUCCAUUUUGAAGCAAAUUAAAAACCACAUGUCAUUUA